AUGACAGCCCGCCAUUCAACACCAACAUCAGACCACUCACAUUCCGACAAUGUUCGCAAGAGGGUCUGCAAGGCAUGUGAUCGCUGUAGAUUAAAAAAGUCCAAGUGUGAUGGCGGCAGUCCGUGUGGUCGAUGCAGGGCAGACAAUGCCAUCUGCGUCUUUGGCGAGCGAAAGAAGGCCCAUGACAAAGUGUACCCCAAGGGAUACGUUGAGAUGCUUGAACAACAACAAACAUGGCUCGUCCUCGGCCUACAAGAAAUGUACCGUCGUUCCAACGAAGGCGAAGGCUGGCCCGGAGAACCACUACGAUGCGAAGCCAACGGCCACCCGCUAACCCACGAUCUACUUACCCGGUUAGGUGCUCUAGACCACACCAAGGGCGAACGCUUCGAGGAGAACACCGAAAUCAUGCAGCAAGAACUGUGGAGACGCAACGCCAUGCAGCGCCAGGAUUCCUCGGACGCCAGCUCGGAGAGUGCCGCUCAGUCCCCCGUGGUCUCGUCUCGUUUCCCCUCCGAUGUCUUUGGUGCUGCCUCUACUGCACCGCCCCAACAGCAGCUGCCUCCCACGCCGCCAAGUUUCAGCCCGUCAUCUUCGCGCACCGCACAGCCUACUCCUGUGAUUAAACAAGAGCCUCAGCAGCAACCGCAACAUCAGCAAAUGCAGUCGCCGAUGGCACCGAAUAAUCCCGCAUAUGCAGCCCAGAUGUCGAUGCAGGGUGUGGUCAACCCCAUUGCAUUGCAAGGACCUCAGCCAUGGCCAAACAAUAAUGGGUUUGGCGCCUUCGAUGAGAUGGACCUGUUAGGGUCUGCGGAUUAUACGAAUAUGUCCUUCGAUGACCCGAUGUCCUCACCAAUGUUCAAUCGCCAAAUCCCGAUUAACUGCAUCGGGCUGGAUAAUACGAAGAAUGAUUACGAAGACUUCAAUCAAUUCUUGAAUCCCAACCCGACAGAAAUUACAUCGAUUUGA